AAGGAGCGUGAACAACCGUCGGAGGAAGGUCAUUCCACGCAGCUACUAACCGAAAUGAGAAAAAAUUUGUCUAAUGAAUGUGUGUGCUCUGAGCUUGAAAAUUUUCUUACUAUGUCCCCGCCGGGUGUUUGCUGGGUCAGCGGUAAAAAACCUGUUUGCCAAGCUUUUACCAAACAGGGCGUCCCCUCGGAAGCGACGGUGCUCCAGGGGAAAGAGAUCAAGCAUCACGAGACGCGUUUCGUAGUUCACGGGGUUGAGGCUGGCAACGAUGCUCGUAGCGGCCCGCUGGACAUGCUCAAUGAGGGUGACGUCUUUCAGUCCCUUGGUGAAAGUCCGGACAGCGGGAACGUGUUUUCUCCGCAGUUUGGCUGCCACACGUAUUCCAUCAUUGUCCGUGGACUUGUGGAGAGGUUGACUUCCUGCUCCCUGCGCACGCGUUACACCGCGAAUUUACUGACCAGAAGGUUCGUGGUCCGAACUCGACCUCUGCAUCUCGACUUUACCUGUUUAGGCAUGAUCAACCUGGCAGUGUCCCAGCCCUCAUGCAACCUUCGGGUUGUAUGGCAGUUGGGCACUGAAAGGUUGCCACAGCUGAACGAUUUUUUGGACAUGCCGUAUUCCAAACACAUCUCUUUGGAGGAACUAAGCAGCGGUAGAUCACUGUGUGUGGAUAGCGACAACCCCAUGAGGACGGGUCGACGGCGGAAGCUCAUCUCUCUUAGUUCUACUACUUGGGGGUUACCAGAACCAGUGAUGCGUGUUGGUGAUCGAACCAUAUAUACACACGGUCGUCCUCCUUGGUAUGACACUGAAGGUCAGGCGAAGGAACCCCUUGUGAUUGGGAUCUGUGGGGGCAGUGCAAGCGGGAAAACCACAGUGGCUCGCGAGAUUAUCCAAAGUCUGGACGUGCAGUGGGUUAGCUUGCUCAGCAUGGACUCCUAUUAUCGGGUACUGACUGCUCAAGAAAGGCAGCUAGUAGCAGAAUGCAACUACAAUUUCGAUCACCCAAAUUCCUUUGACUUUGACCUCCUAUGUCAGCAUCUACAGCGCCUGCGUAGCGGUAAGAGCAUAGAGGUUCCGGAGUAUGACUUCAAAACACACUCCCGGACAGCCAAAACGAAAACAGUAUAUGGCGCCAAUGUGAUAAUUCUCGAAGGCAUUCUCGUUUUUUGUUCACCCGCAGUUUCAGAACUGUUGGAUCUUAAAAUAUUUGUCGACACGGAUGCCGAUGAACGGUUGGCUCGUCGAUUCAAGCGCGACAUUUCCGAAAGAGGUCGCAGUCUACAGAACGUUGUGGACCAAUAUUUCCGGUUUGUCAAGCCAUCUUAUGAACAAUUUAUUGCACCCAUGAUGGCCCAAGCGGAUAUCAUCAUCCCUCGGGGCGGACAAAACAAGGUUGCGCUUCAACUGAUAAUCCAACAUGUGAACAAACGCCUAAAAGUUCAAGGACUCACAUCGCGCCAUGCUUUGGCUAACUUCUAUUCGUCUGGCAACGGAAAUUCAGGUCAGGUCAACUGCUUGGGACCCUGGGGAGAUUGCUCCACAGAUGCAGAGGAUGCGGAUAAAAAUGGUCUCACGGUACCUAAUGGGAAGCAAAACGGGCAUAAUAACGGAAAGGAACUGGUUCUUCCACCACAAGUCCACGUACUCCCCUCAGUCCCACAGACCAGGGGCUUGCACACCAUUGUUCGGGACUGCAAUACAGAUCAGGACGAAUUUGUAUUCUAUUCAGAACGGUUGAUGCGUCCACUUUGUGAAUAUGCCAUGAAUUUGUUGCCCCAUAUGGAUGUCAUCGUUGAAACUCCACAAGGUGUCCCAUACCAUGGUCGUCAGUUAGUUACCGGUACCCAGGUUUGUGGUGUCUCAAUACUACGUGCCGGCGAGGCCCUGGAACCUGCUUUGUGUGCUGUCUGUAAAGAUGUACGUUUGGGCAAAAUCCUCAUUCAGACCAAUCCCGACACUUUUGAGCCGGAACUGCAUUACCUUCGUCUGCCAAAUGAUAUCAAGGACUGUUUUGUCAUCCUCAUGGAUUCAACAGUCUCUACUGGAGCGGCUGCCAUUAUGGCCAUGCGCGUGUUGGUGGAACAUGAUGUCCCCGAAGAGAAAAUCAUUUUCAUUUCUCUCAUCAUGGCCUUACAAGGAGUGCGUAACAUCGCCUAUACUUACCCAAAGGCCCACAUUGUCACAACGGCCGUGGAUAGCGGCCUGAAUGACCAGUACCACAUUCUGCCAGGCGUCGGGAACUUUGGUGACCGAUACUUUGGUACUUCGGACGACUACAAAAAGUGCAACGUCAGCCCGUAGUAAUGCUAUGUUAUUUUCAGUCUGAUCUACUUUAUUUGUUCAAAUAUAUACCCCUCCGGUGCUUUUGAGUUAGAGAUCCUGUCCUGGACAACCACACUUCACUUACUGACCGUCAUUUCACCACACACUACUGUCCAGAUAGAGUCAACAUUGCAAUUCUUGUUAUUGAACCCUCCGACAUCCCGAUUAACCUUAACUCAAGAAAGCAUGCUCUGUUUUCCCGAAUAACAUUUUGGAGUCAUUUUUAUCUUCAGCUAUCUUUUGAAACAUUUUCUCCUGGAUGAAGUCUUUACGAUUAGCCAAUCAGCAUCCUUCGAGUAUACUCGUUCGUCG